AUUCAAAAUGGCGCCGGUGUUGUUUUGAUGAAUAAGAGACUUUGUGUCAAAGGCAGGGCCUCCCUCAUAGAGGCCACGGGGCAUUGGGGAAAAUAAAAGAAAAGCAUCUCCCUUCCCCACUUUCCCUGAUCCGAAGUAACGUUUAUUUAUGUUUGUUAAAAUAGUUUGAGAUAAACUAUGCACUUUUGUUGAAAAAAGUAAGGUUUUAACGAAAAGGAACAAUAUACUGAAAGAAUGGAAGAACUUAGUGCUGAUGAGAUUCGUAGAAGACGUCUGGCACGGCUGGCUGGUGGACUGACUUCACAACCCAGCACUCCGCUUACCUCCCCACAGCGAGAAAAUCCACCCGGAGUGUCUGCAGCAACACCAGGCAUAUCUCAAAAUAUGGCCCUGAGUGUACAGAGCAUGACUCCUGCCACAUCCCCUAUUGGAGCAACAGGUGUUGCACAUAGGAGCCAGAGCAGUGAAGGGGUGAGCUCACUCAGCAGUUCACCGUCAAAUAGUCUUGAAAACCAGUCUCAGAGUCUCUCCCGAUCUCAGAGUAUGGAUAUCGAUGGUGUGUCCUGUGAGAAAAGCAUGUCUCAAGUGGAUGUAGACUCAGGAAUUGAAAAUAUGGAAGUUGAUGAGGGUGAUCGACGGGAAAAAAGGAGUUUAACUGAUAAGGAACCCUCAUUGGGCUCAGAUGUGUCAGAAGAACAAGCACUUUUGCUAAUAUGUAAAAUCUUCCGGGUCUCUUGGAAGGAGCGUGAUAGGGAUGUAAUCUUCUUACCUGGUUUGGCUGCAGAGUUUAAACAGAAUGCAAAAGAAGUUUUUUCAGAUUGGAAAGACUUGAUUGGCCAGAUUCUAAUGGAGGUUCUGAUGCUGUCCACUCAAAUGCCCGAAGACAACCCUUUUGCCAGUCUGACUGCCACCUCUCGACCUAUUGCUGCAGCUGCAAGGUCACCCGACCGGAAUUUGCCUCUUAACCCUCCAUCAAGUCAUGGAACAAGUCCCAUGUUUUGCAGCCCAGGUUCUUUUGGUGCCAGUUCUUUAUCAAGUCUGUAUGGAACCAGCCCAAGUUCUCGAUCCUUUGCAGCAAAUCAUCCUUCCAAGAUUGCAGGCAGUGCGAAUCAGCAGCCUAAGUUUGCAAGCCCUGUUUCAGUGACGCCCAGUUCUCCAUGCCAACGUACAAUGGCUCCUCGUUCAUCCUCCAUUCAGGCCAGCUCUUCAAGACAACCAUCAUUGGCCAUGAGCUCCCCACCCUUAUUCGCAACUUCUCCCAGGCUAAGAAAUGUUGGUACAAAUCCGUUGCCAAUCACACCUGUCACUUCUAGUGCACAAACUGUGGCCAGUAGCCCUUCUUCGAUCCAAAUGAGUUCUCCAAGGCAACAACCCACCGUAAUGGGUCCACCAUUAUUUCCAGUCACUUCUCCAGCAACUUCCCGUUCUUCUGCACUGAGCCCGCUGCCACUUAGUAUCUACAGCAAUCCCUUUUCCCUUCUCCUCUUCGCUCUUUCUGAUUUACCUGAGGACAGCAGUGACGAUGAUGAUGACAGUGAUGAUGAGGAAGAUGAUGUUGAUUUGUCUAGUGUCCAGUUUGGUUCCAGUCUAGGCACGAGUGGUUCUUGUGCAGAAUCUGGCAGUGAUCGUUUCACAAUUGAAGCAUGUAAGGAGACUGAAAUGUUGAACUACCUCAUAGAGUGUUUUGACAGAGUUGGAAUAGAAGAAAGAAAAGCUCCAAAGAUGUGCAGUCAACCAUCUGUUAGUCAGCUGCUCAGCAACAUCCGAUCCCAGUGUAUCUCCCAUACAGCUCUUGUGUUGCAGGGGGCCCUCACACAGCCAAGGUCCUUGUUGCAGCAGUCAUUGCUAGUACCAUAUAUGUUGUGUAGGAAUCUUCCAUAUGGCUUCAUUCAAGAGCUAGUUAGAAUGACCCAUCAGGACUCUGAGGUAUUCAAACAGAUCUUUAUUCCAAUCAUACAAGGUCUUGCACAGGCUGUGAAAGAAUGUUCUUUAGAUGGUGAUAAUUUCAAGUAUCCACUUGUGGCUUUACAAGAAUUAUGUGAAAUUAAAUUUGGGAAGACACAUCCUGUGUGCACUUUGGUGAUCUCACUUCCUUUGUUUUUGCCUGAUCCUUUAAGUCAAGGAACAGGCAGAGAGUUGCAGAGACUGUCAGUCCUUGGCUCCUUCUUCAGCCUGUCUGUGUUUGCAGAGGAUGAUACAAGAGUUGUUGAGAAAUAUUUCUCUGGACCUACACUUACACUUGAAAAUACUAGAGUUGUUAGUCAGUCCUUGCAACACCAUCUAGAAUCAGCCAGGACUGAUCUCUUCAAAAUUUUGCACAAUAUUUUACUUAACGGUGAGACUAGAGAGUCUGCAUUAAAUUACAUGGCAGCAGUGGUAAAUCGCAAUAUGAAGAAAGCACAAAUGCAGACAGAUGACCGACUGGUAUCAACGGAUGGGUUCAUGUUGAAUUUUUUGUGGGUGCUGCAGCAACUGAGCACAAAGAUCAAGCUAGAAACUGUUGACCCAAUGUACAUUUUCCACCCAAAGUGUCGCAUCAACAUACUGUCUGAUGAGACACGUGUGAAAGCCUCAAUGGAAGACAUUAAAAGCUGGCUUUCUGAACUCAAUGAUCAGUCUAAGUUUGCUGAGCCAAAGUUCCCUACAGAAUGCUUCUUCCUGACCUUACAUGCACACCAUCUUGCUAUCUUGCCAAGUUGCCGCCGAUAUAUAAGAAGAUUACGAGCUAUUCGAGAUCUCAACCGGACUGUGGAGGAACUGAAAAAUAGUGAAAGUCAGUGGAAGGAUUCUCCAUUGGCAAGCAGACACAGGGAGAUGUUGAAACGAUGCAAGACUCAAUUGAAGAAAUUGGUGCGGAGCAAAGCAUGUGCUGAUGCUGGUUUAUUAGAUGAGAAUCUGUUGAGAAGAUGCCUCCAGUUUUAUGGCACAUUAAUUCAACUGAUCUUUCGUCUGGUUGAUCCACGCUACCCAGACAUGACACUGCCCCUUAAUCCAGAGAUCCCCAAGGUGUUUGCAGCAUUGCCUGAAUUCUAUUUAGAAGAUAUUGCAGAAUUUUUGCUGUUUAUUGUACAAUAUUCCCCUCAGGUUUUAUAUGAACCUUGUACUCAGGACGUUGUGACCUUCCUUGUUGUAUUUAUCUGUAGUCAGAACUAUAUCCGAAAUCCUUACUUGAUUGCCAAGCUGGUAGAAGUCAUGUUUGUAACAAAUCCAGCAGUUCAGCCUCGAACACAGAAAUUCUAUGAGAUAAUGGAGAACCAUCCAUUGGCUACGAAACAGCUUGUGCCUGCGUUAAUGAAGUUUUACACAGAUGUUGAACAUACUGGAGCAACCAGUGAAUUCUAUGACAAGUUCACUAUCCGUUACCACAUCAGCACAAUCUUUAAGAGCCUAUGGCAGAAUGUGGCACAUCAAGGUACCUUCAUGGAAGAGUUUAAUUCAGGAAAGCAGUUUGUUCGUUACAUCAAUAUGCUCAUAAAUGACACCACCUAUCUGCUGGAUGAAAGUCUGGAUUCUCUCAAACGCAUCCAUGAGGUACAAGAAGAAAUGAAGAACAAAGAGCGCUGGGACUCAUUGCCCAGGGAUCAGCAACAAAGCCGGCAGUCACAGCUGACACAGGAUGAGCGUGUCUCCCGCUCGUACCUUGCUCUAGGCGCAGAAACAGUGGAUAUGUUUCAUUAUCUCACCAAACAAGUACAAAAACCUUUCCUUAGACCUGAACUUGGCCCGCGCCUAGCUGCCAUGUUAAACUUUAACCUGCAACAACUGUGUGGACCUAAGUGUCGUGACCUAAAGGUAGAGAAUCCAGAAAAAUAUGGUUUUGAACCAAAGAAGCUUUUGGAUCAACUGACUGAUAUUUACCUGCAUUUAGACUGUCCCCGGUUUGCAAAAGCCAUUGCUGAUGACCAGCGAUCAUACAGUAAAGAAUUAUUUGAUGAGGUGAUUUCAAAAAUGAGGAAAGCGGGAAUUAAAUCGACAAUAGCUAUUGAAAAGUUUAGACUUCUGGCAGAAAAGGUGGAAGAAAUAGUCACAAAGAAUGCCCGUGCAGAAAUUGACUAUGGAGACGCACCAGAUGAAUUUAGAGAUCCAUUGAUGGAUACUCUGAUGAAUGAUCCUGUGAAAUUACCCUCUGGGACCAUAAUGGACCGUUCCAUUAUUUUAAGACACUUGCUGAAUUCACCAACAGAUCCAUUUAACCGUCAACAUCUGACUGAGAAUAUGUUGGAGCCAGUGCCUGAACUGAAGGAAAAGAUCCAUGCUUGGAUGAAAGAGAAGCAACAUGCAAAUCGUUCUUCACAGUGAAGUGUUACUUAUGUGGGAUACAAUGAGAAAAAUGUGUAGUUGUGAACUUAGACCACCAGAUUAUUAAGACCCAAACGCAAAUCUGCUCAACACUGAGGCUGUGCAGGCUACGUCUGCUGCACUGAUGUUAAAAAGGGUGAACUGAACGCAUUAGGAAAAUGUAAUGUCUCUGUAAAUAAAUCUAAUUUAAAGAACAAAAAUAGCUAAAAGGAGAGAAGUUCAGAGGUAUUGGGUACAAUUUAGAAUACCUUUUUCAGUACAGCUACAUGUGACCAAUUCCCUUGUAGCAAUUUUGAAACAAAAAGGGUCUGAGCAAACAAAGUUUUUUAAAAUGACUGUAUUAACAGAAGAUGGUCUGUAUUUUAGGUUGACGUUAUUACUGUACCUUGCGACCAGUCGCUGCUAAAGGGACUGUUUUGUUUGCUGCACUAAAUGUUUCUCAAAACCAAAGUAAUGCACAGGCCCUUUCCCUAAAACCUGAUGUUUUAAUUAUGAGACAUAAUCAGUUGGCUCACAGGAUUAAUGGUGAGACUGUUGAAUUCUAUUUGUUUACCAUUAACUUAUAUUUUUGUCUCUAGCUUUUCUCCCCCACCCGCCCCCUGACACCAGUGCUUUUGUGCAAACUCUGUAGCAAGCAAGCGAGGUUAUGGAGUUCAUCCAUUUCUGCUGAACCAUGUUCUAUGACCAUCGUUUUUUCCACAGUAUGAUCUGCAUUAUUGAAAUAUUUUGAUUGCAAUAAGGCUUUUUUUUUAAAAGAGGGAUUUUCUCCAAGAAAUUACUUCAGUCCAACUGCUGUUGGAUUGCCUUCCUCUCCCUGAGGACCUUUUACUGCUACAGCACACUAGAGGGCACUCUUGUUUGCCAGGAGUUCCUUCAGCCUUAUAUCAAUGUGUUUUAACUAGUAUAUGUUGGGUGCCACUUCAGUGACUACCUAAUAAGUGAACAAAAAUGAAAACUCCAAAUUCUUUUUUUUCUAUUGGCCCUGUUGUAUUCACUCCUGUUACAUUAAUUUGAGCUUUUAAUUCUUUGUAAGUUGACUACAUUUUCUACAUUCUCUGUAAUUUGCUGCGAAGCUUGUUAUUUCAACAGUCCUGAAUUGCAGCAAGCUGAGGUAAUGUGAAGUUACUUUGCAUUAUGGAAAAUCUUCUUUGAAAAUUAAAUAAAGUAUGCAAGAAAACUCCCAAA